AUGACACAAUUUUUACCACCAAAUUUACUUGCAUUAUUUGCACCACGUGAAUCAAUUCCAUUUUUACCGCCAAAUGACAAAUUACCACAUGAAAAAAAACGUUUACCCUAUGGAGGAUUAUUAGAUUUUACGAAUACAUUUGAAGAAUCAUAUGAAACACCGCCACCAACAAGAAUUGAAACAAAAGAAGAAAAAAUUGCUCGAAAAGCUCGAGAAAAAAUGGAAAAAGCAGCUCUUCAACUUGAACAAGAUAUAACUUUAUGGGAUCCAAAUACUAAUGACAAAGCUACAACAGAUCCAUACAAAACAUUAUUUAUCGCUCGACUUAAUUAUGAUACAUCUGAAUCAAAAUUAAGACGUGAAUUUGAAGUAUAUGGAAAAAUAAAAAGUAUAAAUCUAGUACAUGAUGUGCAAACUGGUAAACCACGUGGUUAUGCAUUUAUUGAAUAUGAAAAAGAAGCCGAUAUGCACGCGGCAUACAAACGAGCUGAUGGACGAAAAAUUGAUGGUCGACGUGUUGUUGUGGAUGUUGAACGAGGUCGAACAGUCAAAGGAUGGCGACCAAGAAGAUUAGGUGGUGGUCUUGGUUCGACACGUCGUGGUGGUGCACCUGGAGGUAAACGUACUGGAGUUGAAGAACGACGACGAUCAUCAUCACGAGAUCGAAAACGACGAUCAAGAUCUCGAGAUCGCCGACGAAGUCGAAGUCGUGAACAUAAACGUCGUCGAACUCGAUCACGUUCAGCAGAACGUCGUAGUGAACGUCGUCCAUCACGCGAUCGUCAAGAUUCUUCAAGACGUCGAUCACGUGAACGUGAACGCGGUGGUGGUCGUCGAACGGGUAAUUUUCGAGGUGAGAAUGAACCACAUAACAAUAAUGGAAAUGGACCACCACAUGAUACAUUCGGAAUAAACGAAGGUUAUUAA